AGAAUAUCGGAGCUCCUGACAGACUAAACGCAGGGCUGAGAAACCCACGAGCAUCACAGCGUCAUUGUGACGUCAUCCAGGCGUCAGCGUCAGGCGUCAGAUUCAGGAGUUGCCACGAAUGCAAAGCGGGAUGAUGUGGAGGCUGGUGAGCUGCGUUGUGUGCGUGUUUCUGGGCUGGCAGCUCGGUUCCGUCUGGGCCGGAGCAGCUGGAGCCGCCGAACCGCAGGACCAGGUCCAGAUCCAGGUUCUGUUUAGGCCCGAAGAGUGCAGCAGGAAGAGCAAGAAGGGAGACCUGAUCAACGCUCACUAUGACGGCUUCCUGGAAAAAGAUGGUUCCCAGUUCUACUGCAGCCGGUCGGACAAGCAGGGACACCCCCAGUGGUUCGUCCUGGGCGUGGGACAGGUCAUCAGAGGCCUGGACGUCGGCAUGAUGGACAUGUGCGCCGGGGAGAAGAGGAAGGUGACGGUUCCGUCGGAGCUGGCGUUCGGUCCGACAGGAAAAGGUCCAGUUCCUCCCAACGCCACGGUGGUGUUUGAGGUGGAGGUGCUGUCCGUGUCCAGAGGCCCCCGCAGCAUGGAGGCCUUCGGACAGAUUGACCUGGACAAGGACAGGAGCCUCACCAAGGCGGAGGUGAAGGAAUACCUGAAGCUGGAAUAUGAAAAGGGCGGAAAGCCACGGGACGAGCCGUUCUACGAGAAAAUCCUGGCCGACAUCUUCUGGAAGAGCGACCAGGACCGAGACGGGCAGAUCAGCGCCAAGGAGUAUAAUAUAUAUGAACGGGAUGAGCUGUAG